UACGUUUAUCUAGCCUCGACGGAUGUAAAGGACCUUUUGAUAAUUAUCCCGAGUGACUGACUAAAUAUAAAUCGCUUGAUCGCUUAAAGCACGUUGAUUUUUUUAUCGCUCGAACUACAAACGAGUAAACCCGGAAGUGAGCAUUCAGCAGUUUUAUUUCAGGCACGGGAUACUACCCACAAAGAUGAGGGUGGUGUGGGGCUCGUGGCUCAGUUUGAAGAGAUUCAGUCAUGUGUUUUCUGUAGGUUCAGGCACACGCACUCUCACCUCAGCCAGCAUGCGCCUGGUCCAGUUCUGCAGACGGGGAGCGGAGGGAAGCGUGAGGGUCGGCGUGGAGAGAGAGAACGGCGGUGUCGUCGACCUGAAGGCUUUCGAUAAGUCUGUACCAUCCACCAUGAGGGAAUUCUUGGAACUGGGAGACAAAGGCAUGGAGUGUGCUCAGAGAGCCGUGUCCAGCGGCGAGUGUGUUCUCCCUCGCUCCGAUAUCCAGCUCCUGGCUCCGGUCACCGGUCCAGACAAGGUGGUGUGUGUGGGUAUGAACUACAGAGACCAUUGUCUGGAGCAGAACGCCCCGAUCCCCACCGAGCCCAUCAUCUUCAGCAAGUUCCCCUCUGCCAUCACAGGUCCCUACGACGACAUCCAGCUUCCAAGCAAGAGCCAGGAAGUGGACUGGGAGGUGGAGCUUGCCUUUGUGAUUGGAAAAAAAGGAAAGCACAUAAAGGAGGCGGACGCUCUCGGUCACGUCGCCGGCUUCACCGUCGCCAACGACGUCAGUGCUCGUGACUGGCAGAUGAAGAAGAAUGGCAGGCAGUGGCUUCUGGGAAAAACGUUCGACACGUUCUGUCCGCUAGGACCUGCCCUCGUUACCACGGCAGCGCUGAAGGACAAUCCCCACAAUCUGGGGAUCCACUGCCUGGUUAACGGAGACGUCGUUCAGGAGAGCAACACCGAUCAGCUGAUCUUUAAGACGGAGAAGCUGAUAGCGUGGGUCUCCCAGUUCGUGACGCUGUACCCGGGCGACGUGUUUCUAACAGGCACACCUCCAGGAGUGGGUGUGUUCAGAAAGCCGCCCGUCUUCCUAAAGAAAGGAGACGUGGUGGAGUGUCAGAUCGACGAGAUCGGGUCCAUCCGAAACACCGUGGUGUGACUCCAGUGUGAUCUGGGAUGAGGAAAACAAAAUGACUUAUUCACGUUUUUACUGAUGUGUCUGAAAUCCUGAUCUGAGGCACGUGCACUUGAAAUGGCCAGGAGAUGGCGCUCUGCUGAUUAUGGUUCAGAAGAAACGCUAUGGUAUUAAUGGGUUUUAUUUUGUUUUUCCAAUCAAGGCAUUUGAUUUCUGCUUGUGGAAUUAUACAGAUUUUUAUUUUCCAUAUUUUUCCAUGGUCCUGGUUUGUUGAUCAUUUAAAAAAAAAUGUAGAGCUUUUAUUUUCUGGAUUUAACCUGCAUUUUGUACAGUGCCUUUAAAUUCAGCUUCCUGUAAAACUGAACAUAAGAACCUUUUCAUAUCUGGGGAAACUAUUAAAACACUCGGCAUCGAGUAACUAAUUUCGGAGCGCUGACCGAGCUCGCAGUAUUUCAUUAGGAACGCAGGAAAACGCUCGGGAACUGCUCCGACGGUGCAUCGAUCCGAGUUGACGAACUAAGGGAAGCGUAAACGUGCCGAGCGGGUGAUCUAUCGUGAUUGUGAAACUGCAGCACUGUCUGCAUUUCAGGCUGAAUUUCCUUCUUAAAAAAAAUAAUAAAGUGCAGCACUUUGCCUUC